AUGGAUUCCUGUCUGGAAACCAUCCGAAAUCUGCACGAAGAACGAGAACGCCUAAUCGAUUCCACCGUGAAGGAGAAGAUUGCAGAGAAGUUGACACACAAGGCAAAAGUGAACAGUGAGCUUCGAGUGAAGAAGUUUGUAGAUAGGUACCAUGAUGUGUCGGCAGAGCUGGCUAAAUUCUAUAAGGACGAGGACAACUCGAAAAGCAUUGAAAUGGAUGCUGUCUCUGGCCCAAACGAAUUCGCAGAGUUCUAUUCCAGACUGAAAGUUAUCAAAGAUGCUCACAGAAGAAAUCCAGAUGAGCUCGCAGAGCCUCUAACUGUAGAAUUUCAAAAGAUCAACGAUGAUAUCAUCAAUCCAGAGCGCGCCGAACCAGACAUGGUUGAGUUCAGUGACGAAGAAGCUUACGGUCGCUUCUUGGAUCUGCAUGCUCAAUACGACAAGUUCAUCAAUUUAAAAAAUAUCAAACGAGUGGACUAUAUGACCUACUUGCUCAACUUUGAGAAGUUCACAGAUAUUCCAAAGCAAACUACAAAGAAAACUGGCGCCUAUAAAGAGUAUGUGAAUUCACUGAAAGACUAUUUGGUGUCAUUCAUACAACGGACUCGUCCACUCCAUGACCUUGAGACAAUGUUCGCUGAGGUCGAUGGAACUAUUCAGAGAGCUUUUGAAGCUGGAAAUCUACCUGGUUGGGAGGCUGACAAGAGCAAAACUGCUCCAUCGCAAGCCGCAGCCGUUGAUUUGUCCCCAUAUAAUAGUGCCGAAGAGCUGGAAGGACUGGGGCUGGAGAGACUCAAAGGAGCACUAAUGGCUAUUGGAUUGAAAUGCGGUGGAACGCUUAAAGAGAGAGCAGAAAGACUUUUCGCCACUAAAGGACACAAGUUGUCGGAUCUGGAGAAGGCAGCCAUGGCUUCGAAUAACUCAGAAGUUGACAAGCAGAAGGCGAAGAACUUGGCUUUGGCGCAGACAGAGGGUCAUAUCAUGGCGAUGGCAGAGAUUCUGGCUGAAGAAAGAACUGGAACACGGGAGAAUGUCGAGAGAAAGCAAGCGAGAAGUGCCGGAGAGGUUGAGGAGGAAGAGGAGGAGGAAGUGGUCAUCGAGGAAGAGGAAGAGGUCGACGAGAGCGCUCCAUACAACCCGAAGAACUUGCCACUUGGUUGGGAUGGGAAGCCGAUUCCGUACUGGUUGUAUAAGCUUCACGGACUCAAUUUGUCGUAUUCUUGUGAAAUUUGUGGAAAUCAGACCUAUAAAGGACCCAAGGCCUUCCAGAAGCAUUUUAAUGAAUGGCGUCACUCCCACGGAAUGCGCUGCCUCGGGAUCCCAAACACCUCCCAUUUCGCGAACAUCACCAAAAUCAAAGACGCUCUGGACUUGUGGAACAAGCUGAAGACCGAAAAAGAAAUGGCGAAAUGGAAUCCGGACAUCGAUGAGGAGUACGAGGACUCCAGUGGAAACGUCGUCACUCGCAAGAUGUACGAGGAUCUCAAGAGACAGGGUCUCCUGUAG